AUGAGACCGGCUGUCUUGCUUGUGGCCCUCGCGCCGGCCGUCCUCGCCGGGCCCUCACCUCGCGCCCCAGAUAGCAAUGACCUAGCCAUCCGCUCCCACGCCCCAUCAAUACCGGAACUUGCUCCGAGAGAACAGCUUCUCUCCAUCGCAGAGCCUGACUUGAUGGUCGGCAAACUGGGUGCACGACAUGUCCUCCAAGCGCGCAGUGAAGGCUCCCUUGGCCAGACUCCAUGGAUCGGAAUGGCCAUCGGGUUGACAUGCACUGCCCUAGCAGCAGUAAUGCUGGGAUAA